CGGGCCGCCGUUCGAGAAUAUAUAUAUAGCGAUUCGAUAGUAUCGCGCUUACGUGAACUCUGCACUCAUCGAGCUACACUGCGUGUAGAUACGCGAUACGGGAUACGGGGUGUAAUUCGCGAUAAUUCGCGCGUAUCACGGUGUGGUUCGAUUAUUCAGAAAGUCGACGAAGCUCUUUUCAUUUCUUCUCGAGGAUUUCGUGAUCAUCCUGAGCAUUGCGCGCGGGAAUUGCGCUUAUGAUUGGCCGAUGGAUCAGUACGCGAAGGAAGGUGCAUCCGAGUAUUCAUCGGUGAUCUGCAAAGGAAAAGCCAUCGAGGAUGAGCCAUGCGAAGGUACAAGAAGAUCAUUACGGACAUAAUAAACUCCGUCAUAGAAAAUUAGAGAAGAGCAGCCCAUCACCAAACAAAAUGGUGGGAUUGGGCAGUGAUGAGCUAUUCAUUUCCAACAUUGCCGAUGUUAAUAAUAUGGAAUUGGAAAUCAAUUCUGAGGAUGAGAGCGAUGAAAACGAGAGGGGCGAUAUACAGCGACUGAUUCCGUCGCCGGUGAACAGUGAGAACGUCGUAUUUAGCAUCGGUAAAAAGGACCAAAGGAACGAGACGGAAAAUGCAGACGAUGAAAGCGUCUGGUCUAUAUCCAUCCAGAUGUUCAUACCUUUUCUACUUGCCGGCUUUGGCAUGGUUGCCGCUAGCUUACUGUUAGACGUAGUACAGCAUUGGCCAGUAUAUCAGGUGGUAUCCGAAGUAUAUAUAUUAGUUCCUGCGCUAUUGGGAUUGAAAGGAAAUCUGGAGAUGACAUUGGCCUCCAGAUUGUCGACUCAGGCUAAUUUAGGACAAAUGGAUACGAAAAAGCAGCAAUGGACAUUGAUCGUUGGAAAUUUAGCCCUAAUCCAAUGUCAGGCUAUGGUAGUGGGUCUUCUGGCGUCUUUGGCGGCCGUGAUUCUGGGUUGGGUCCCGGAAGCUCACUUCGAUAUACAUCACGGACUCUUGUUAUGCGCCAGUGCUUUGGUCACCGCUUCCGUAGCCAGUUUUCUGUUAGGCCUCGUGAUGGUCGCAGUCAUAUUGCUGUCACGACGAAUGAACAUCAAUCCUGACAACGUAGCUACCCCAAUCGCGGCCUCCUUAGGGGAUUUAACUACUUUAGCUCUUUUAUCCUGGAUCGCUUCUUUAUUGUACAACGCGAUAGGUUAUGCCCCAUGGGUAGCCCCAACAUUGAUAGCAUUUUGUAUAUUUGUAACUCCUGUUUGGGGUUAUAUAGCAGCUAGAAAUCCAUUUACUAAAGAAGUAUUGGAUUAUGGCUGGACGCCUGUGAUAUCCGCGAUGUUAAUUAGCAGUCUCGGUGGAUUAAUUUUGGAUUACACCAUAUCGAGCUACAAAGGCAUAGCGGUUUUUCAAUUAGUAAUUAAUGGCGUUGGGGGAAACUUGGUCGCCGUCCAGGCUAGUAGAAUAUCAACGUCUCUACAUAAAGAUUGUCACAUAGGUGUUCAAGGAACUCUUAACGUUUGUAUUAGUCCUUUCCAUGCGUUCUUUGCUAAAGGAGGACACGCGAGAACAGCCAGAGUAUUGCUAAUGAUGGUAAUACCAGGACACUUGAUUUUUAGUUAUACUAUUAGUUAUCUUCAGGCGGGACAUACUUCGUUUACACCAAUAUUUAUUACAAUAUAUUUAAUCGCUGCAAUGAUGCAGGUAAUUCUGUUAUUAUAUAUUGCGCAAUUAAUGGUUGUUUGGAUGUGGACAAGAGGUAUGGAUCCAGACAGUUCCGCAAUACCAUACUUGACAGCGGCAGGUGAUCUUAUAGGAACUGCCUUGCUUGGAAUUGCCUUCCAUAUCCUUUAUGCCAUAGGCGAUGGCGACUCUGAUGUAGGAGAUUGAUUGGUAAAGUUUAUAGAAUGCUCUGAAUUUUUUAUAAUGCACAGAUUGUAAACUUUGGAAUGAUUUUGAAAGAUCGGAAGUCUAAUUUAAAUUAGCAAAUUGCGAUGCAUAAUAUCAAUUGUGAGAUUUCGAGAUUAUCAGUGAUUAUCACUAUCACAUUGUAGCGACUUUUAUUUUCGAAAACUCUGUUUGACAUCUCUUUAUAUGAAAAGAAUAUGUUAAGAGUACAAAUUAAAUUAAGCAUAUAUCCGUUAAGGUAUUCUAAAUGC